UCUUGUAAAAUUCAAAAUUUAAUUUUCUAAACUCGUUUUAUUGAAAUAUCCGAUGAUUCGGUAUUUUAUUCGUUAAUUUUUUUUUGCCUUUCUUGCUCUGUAUGUGUGACACGUCGAACAAUUAAAAUAAAAAUAAAAAUGGUUGAUUAUAGUCGUUGGAAUCGUAUUGAAAUAUCCGAUGAUGAAGAUGAUACACAUCCAAAUAUUGAUACUGGAUCAUUAUUUCGUUGGCGACAUCAGGCCCGUCUAGAACGAAUGGAGAAACAUCGUCAAACUAAAAUGGAUAUUGAAGGUCGAUUACAAGAAAUUGAAAAGAAAUUAUCCGAAUUGAAUCAUAAUGAUGAUGAUGAAAAGAAAGAAAAAGAGAAAAUUCUGGAAGAAAAACGUAAAAUUGAUCAGGAUCUUUCCGAAUGGAAACGUAUUGAUCGAUUACAACCAUGGAAUGUUGAUACCAUUAGCCAUGAUUCAUGGAGUAAAACAAUUAUUAACCGAAAUGUUAUCGAAUCAAAUAAUAAUGAAAUUCAUCAAUCUAAUAAUAGUGAUGAUGACGAUAUAGAUGAAAUAAAUGAUGUACAAAUGGAUCAAUAUGCUAAACACUUGGAACAAUAUGAAACAGUUAUACGUGAUUUUGCAUUCCAUUCACGUUUUGAUGAUUCACGGCGAUUUUUGUUGGAAAACGCAAAUAUUGUAUGCCAACAUUCAUUAGAUUAUCUAUCACUAUGGUGUAUUCAAUUGAAGAUUGAAGAACGUACAACCCUAUUGGAACAUAUUGUUCGCCAAGCUGUAUUGAUACAAUUAAUUCUUGAUCUAUCUAAAACGGUACGUGGUACUGAUCCACGUGAUUGUUUGCCAACAUUUUUUAGUAAGGCACGUGAAAAUUGGCUAAAAUUUGAACAAUUAUGGGAACAAGAAAUUGCUGAUUUUCAUAAACGUAUACAAACAGCAGCUGAUAUGCGUAUAGAACGUGCCAUAAAGGAACAAUCGGAAAAACCAGAAGAAAAGCUUAUUGGUCCAGGUGGUUUAGAUGUACAGGAAGUUUUUGAUUCACUGCCAGAACCAUUGCAAGAAUGUUUCAUAAAACGUGAUAUACAAAUGUUGAAAGAAACAUUAGAACAAAUGAAUAGUGAUGAAGUUGAAUAUCAUAUGAAACGUUGUAUUGAUGCCGGUUUAUGGCUAACUGAACGUCCAGAAGAUGAUGAUGAAAAACGUUUACGACAAUUGCGAUCAGAACUCGAAACAAAUGUUGAUGAAAAUUCAAAUAAACAUUCUGAAAGUAGUGAAGAUUUAGAAUAAAUUUGAUUGGAAAAAUUAAAAUGUUUUUUUUUGAACUAUGUAAAAAGCUUUGUGUAUGAUAUGAACUUUUAAUAAUCGAUAUGUAAAAAUAAUUUUGUAAAACUAA